AUGUACACAAACUACAUACCCUCAUCGUCGUCGGACCGCGCCGCGAACGUGGAAUUCAUCAACAGUUGCAGUUUCCUGGACACGAAUCAAGUGUGCUGUGGUCUGUGCGGUGAGAUAGUUGACUACGAUAAACUGCUGACCGAGCAUCUGCCACACGCCCAUCCCGAAUAUCAGUCACAGGAGAUGCAGUUGGAGGAGAUUCCCUAUACGAGUUGGUUGAAGGAUCGCCUGAAACGCGAAUCGAAAUUUCUGGAAAACGGAUUCCGCAACUAUGACGAUCCGCACCAACAUCAGAUUGGCUCGUCAGCCGGAUUCGGCGGCGCGCCACGUCUCUAUACUCGAAAUUUGCGACAAAUGAGAAAAGUGUCGCAAAUCCGAGUGAAUGUCAACGAGAUGUCGAUGAGCCAACUGGAGACGGCGCUCAAACGAAAGCUGAUCGAAAAGAUGGGCAGAAAAGUGCCGGUAUCCCUGGUGGACCGCCUUCACGCCAGAUGUGACAUAUGUCAAGCGGUGGUGUCGUUGAACAAGAAGUUCGAGGUCAUUCACCUCGUCCGCCACUUCAACGCGUGGCAUCCGGCGGAGCAUCGUUGUUCCCAGGAGUGGAAAGAGGUCGCAGCACUGCCGAAUCCCGGAGCCAGACACCCGUUGAGCCUUCACGACUUUGCUGUGGUGUCCACGGAAACUGAUCAGAACAAUUUGCAGUGUAUAUGGUGUGGAAUGUUUAUGGAUAGAGCCGCACUGGGAAUGCACUUCUCCGAGAUUCACACGCAGCAGCAUUUUUUCUCCGGUUUUUUGACAAGUUUCAGGUUUCUAGCUCAUCUAGAAGCCGAGAUAUGGUCAUUUGAAGUUUUGGAGAUAAUCGUCCCGAACUGCUCCCUUUGCCUUCAAGAAAUGGUCAUGACCGCACGUUUCAUGGAGAAAUAUGGAAAAGACUUUGGAAUCAGUCUUCCCGACGAAUUCCACUUGCAAAGCUCGAAACUCGGCGCGAAAUACAGCUCGGAGAAGGCGAUGGACAAGGCGAUCGAGAAGCAUUUGAAGAGGAUCGCUAUGAAGGGCGGUGCGGAUCAGUCGGACGGUGGAGGUGGUGGCAUAGACGACGAUGACGAUGAUCAGACGAUCUCAAUCACCAACUCGCAGCAAUCGUUUGGCCGUCGAAAUCGCCUAAAACGCAAAUUCGUGAAACCGUGCUUCCGCCAAGUCUGUCCACCGAAUUCCGAGUUUUUCGAACCGAAAUCCGCGUGCGAAUGGCGUUGUCGUCUGUGCAAUCGCUUCGUUUAUGCCGCCGUCAUCUCGGCGGGCGCCAUCAAACAUUUCAAGGAGUUCCAUCCGGCGGAAAUCGAUAAAAUGCAAUAUGAACUUGUUAAGUAUGUUUCAGUCCAAAAACGAGCGAAUUUGGACUACGUUGAGCCGAGAUACAGCUAUAAGUUGGCGCGCCUUUUCCAAUUGUUCUCUACGAAAUUGUACACAUUUCUGUCCGAAUUCCAGGCGCGUCUCGAACGAAUUGGCGACGGCUCAAUGGAAUUCGUGCAUCCGCAACUCGUCGAAUGUCUCAUCUGCAACCUAACCUACGCCCUCCACAAACCGUUCAACAUCUGUCGUGCGAUUCGUCAUCUCCGUCUGAAACAUCCAGAAGUGAUGCCAGAAACGUCUGGAAAAUCAAUUUCCGGCGCCGAAAUCGCUGAAACUGUCAAUCUGAAAGCGCCAGUGAUGACCAAUCCUUCGACCGCGUCGACCGCCGCUGCGGCCAAAAAGCGCCCCAAUAUCCGAUUUGGCGACUGUAUAACGGACCCAAUUGAGCUGGAGAAGUUUAGAAAAGAGAAUUGGGAUCAGCAGUUUGAUAAGGUUCAAGUGGUGUACGGUAUCAAGAAGAACGACGAGCCAGCGUUCAUUUUGUUGAUGGACAAUGAGCAAAUGGAUGAGAAGACGGCGAUGGAGAUGGCCGAGAAGGAGCAGGAGAAUGGUAAGAAUCUCAGAAUCUCAGAAUCUCAGAGGCUCAGGAUCUCAGAAGUCCCAGAAUCUCAGGAAUCUCAGAAUCUCAGAGGCUCAGAGGCUCAGAAUCUCAGAAUCUCAGAAUCUCAGAAUCUCAGAAUCUCAGAAUCUCAGAAUCUCAGAAUCUCAGAAUCUCAGAAUCUCAGAAUCUCAGAAUCUCAGAAUCUCAGAAUCUCAGAAUCUCAGAAUCUCAGAAUCUCAGAAUCUCAGAAUCUCAGAAUCUCAGAAUCUCAGAAUCUCAGAAUCUCAGAAUCUCAGAAUCUCAGAAUCUCAGAAUCUCAGAAUCCCAGAAUCUCAGAAUCUCAGAAUCUCAGAAUCUCAGAAUCUCAGAAUCUCAGAAUCUCAGAAUCUCAGAAUCUCAGAAUCUCAGAAUCUCAGAAUCUCAGAAUCUCAGAAUCUCAGAAUCUCAGAAUCUCAGAAUCUCAGAAUCUCAGAAUUCCAGAAUCUCAGAAUCUCAGAGUCUCAGAAUCUCAGAAUAUCAUAAACUCAGAAUCUCAGAAUCUUAGAAUUUCAGAUUCUCAGAAUCUCAGAAUCUCAGAAUCUCAGAAUCUCAGAAUCUCAGAAUUUCAGAAUUUCAGAAACUCAGAAUUUCAGAAUUUCAGAAACUCAGAAUUUCAGAAUUUCAGAAACUCAGAAUCUCCAGAAUUUUUCGAAUUUCGGAUUUUUCGAUGUAAUUCCACCCCUCAAACCCUUGGUAAUUCACUUUGGAGACAACACACCCACAAUUCUACAGACAAAUGCGACAAAACGGUUGACAAGUACAUCGAGCAGGAUGUGGUGCUUGUUGUUAUCGAUUUGAUGCUACAGUACGUUCAAGCCUAUCGUCAUCUCCUUCUGAACGUCAGAAUUCAACGCCCGGAGCGUCUUUUUGUGAUGUUUUGGCUGAGCCACGCGGCAGAAGUUUGGAUUCGAGAGCGUGAGAAUCGAGAGGAGCAGACGACGAUGCUAGCUGAUCAGGAAUGGAUGUUCUACCGGUGCCUUCUCCUUUCCGCCGUCGAAAUCAGCUCCUUCGUUUUUGUAAUUUUACUAUUUUGGAAGCUGAAAAAAGACGAAACAGUUCAUACGUGGCGACAAAUGAUCAGCUUGACAAUGUUGGGAUAUUAUGGUGAGCAAUGGAUGGGAAUUCUGAAAUUCUGA